AUGGACUGUAUGAUUAAAGAACAAAAUGAAAUGAGAAAAGAGUUAAAUACGAUCAAAAUCCAUCAUAAUCCAAACUUAAAAGAUCGUACAGCUGCACCUUCUGGAGAUGUUCAAAAUAAGAAAAGAGGAGGUUUAGUUUUCAAUAGUAAUAACAAAAGGGUUCGAAAUGACGAAUCUAGCGGAUCAGGUACCAAUGCAGCUAAUAACGUUUAUUUGCUCUCUAACAGAAUGGAUAAAGCUGAUGAUACCAUGAAAGCUAUGAUGAAUAUGUUGCAAAAUAUGAGUUCAAAGUUUGAAAAAGUAUAUCAAAACCAAGAUAAUAAUAACAACAGUAACAAAAAACAAAAAAGCACUGUUAUUAAGGGGGAUAACAACGCUUCUACUUCAAAUAACAAUAAUAAUUAA